CACAGGCAGACACAGAAGUUGUAGAUUCACAGGAUUUUGUAGAUUAAGAUGGUUCCGAGUUCCACUGAUGAGAUGAGCUUUGAUGAGAAGCUGAGAAGAGGAGAGCGAGUGGAGAUGGUGGUGGAUAUUUAUGAGACUGCAGAUGCUGUUAGAGAUCAUGACCCCAACAAAGAGGACAUGAAUACAAAGAAGAACGCACAAACCCAACAAAUAGGUGACACUGAAUGGAGCAGACGCUAUAGACUGGCUGCAGUGUGUCUGGGGCUGCUGUGUGUUCUCCUGCUGGCUGCAAACACAGUGCUGUGGGUCAAGUUCACUGCAGAUAUAAACCAGUUACAGACCAGUAACCACAACUUGACUAGCGAAAUAAACCAGUUAUGGACCACUUACAGCAAUGUGACUGUAAUGAAAGAACAAUUACUGGGGGAGAGAAAUGGACUCCAGAAAGAACUUUCAAUACAUGGAUGGAAUUAUUUCAACUUCAGUAUUUACUACAUCACUAUUGAGAAGAAAUUCUGGAGUAACAGCAGAAAUGACUGCAAGCAAAGAGGAGCAGACCUAGUGGUCAUAAAGAGUAGAGAGGAACAGGAAUUCAUCAGUAAAACAUUUUCCCAAACUGAAGCUUGGAUUGGUUUGACUGACAAAGACAACGAGGGAUCCUGGAAAUGGGUGGACGGCACAGCACUGACCACUGGGUUCUGGUGGCAGGGUGAGCCCAAUGACUAUGGAAGAAAUGAAGACUGUGCUAUAACUGGAUACAGGAUUGCUGCUGACAAUGUAUCAACCUGGGCUGAUUAUUUCUGUGACUUCCCUGUGGUUGGAAUCUGUGAGAAAAUGUUAAACUGAAUUACAAAAACUAAGUUGAAGUUUCAGUAUACAAAACCUUCUUAAUUCAUGAAAAUGUGUUUUACGUAUCCUGUUAUUGAACUUUAGAUUAGUCAAGCAUAUGUGUUUUAAUGAGUGCAGUUGCUCUGAAAGUGGUUUUGAACAUCACUAAUAUAUGUCUGUAGUCUCUGCUACAAAAUCUACCUUUUCACACAAUACUAUCAAUACUUAUAUCAUAAGUGAUAAUCUCAGCUAUAUUUAAACUAUAUUUAGCUAUAUUAAAUCCUUAUCUCCUCAUUGUGAUUGUAUGUCCUAUAUUGAUUAUUAUAUUAAUGUCUGUUUUACUUCUGUGUUUAUGCUAUUUAUGUUUUUCAGAUAGAGAUUUUAAUUAUAUUGUUGACAGUGACAAAGGCAUUAUAAAAACAAAACAAUU